CUGAAAGCCAGAACAUACCACUCAAGUUGCCUUGCAAACCACGUUUCUUCUCCGCCAAAAACCUCUAUUUAUGGAGUUCUGUUCCUUGUAACACUUUUUUCUUCACACCACCUUUCAGUCUUUCUGUUACAGAAUUCCUUCUUUCCUUCUCGCUGUCUCUUCAUUUUAUCUCGGAGCUUGUAUAACUAUCCCCACCACACCCCUAGUUUUCCUCUCUCAUUAUCCAACAAUCUUGAACAGAUUGGGUCUUUGAUAAGCUAGAUUUCUCUGCUCUUCCUCACAGUAUUAUUGAGAUCUUUUGUGUUUCAUUGAGAAGCUAUAGGACAUGGAAAACGUUUCAGGCCUUGGUAGCGAAGAUGAAAAAAUGGAAUUGCCUCCAGGUUUUCGAUUCCACCCAACAGACGAAGAGCUUAUAACUCAUUAUCUCGGCCAAAAGGUCCUUGACCAGACCUUCUGCCCUAGAGCAAUUGGAGAGGUUGACUUGAAUAAGGUUGAACCUUGGGAUUUGCCAUGGAGGGCGAAAAUGGGUGAAAAAGAGUGGUAUUUCUUCUGUGCUAGAGAUAGGAAGUACCCAACUGGUUCGAGGACAAACAGGGCUACUGAUGCUGGCUAUUGGAAGGCCACAGGGAAAGACAGGGAAAUUUUCAGAGGGAGAAAACUUGUUGGGAUGAAGAAAACUUUGGUUUUCUACAAAGGCAGGGCUCCUAGCGGAGCAAAAACCAAUUGGGUCAUCCAUGAAUUCAGAUUGGAGGGCAAGUCUUCCAUGAAAAACCUUCCUGAGGCAGCUAAGAAUAAAUGGGUGAUUUCCAGAGUAUUUCGAAAGAGUUCAGGAGGGAAGAAGACACAUAUCUCAGGGCUGGUCAGUUUAAGCAGUUAUAGUGAUGAAUUGAGGUCUUCUAAUUUGCCUCCAUUAAUGGAUUUAUCUCCUUAUGAUGGCCAGACAAGUACAGUUGCAGAGUCUUCUCACGUGACCUGCUUCUCCAAUUCAAUGGAAGAUCAGAUACCCCAAGGAGCUAUGGGUCCUUCAUCUUCUUCAAAGACUUCUGAUAUUUCCAAUUCUUCAUUGUUUUUGUCAAAAGGCUCUGCUACAAGCUCAUUCUUUUCCACCCAACUUGAAUUUGAUCCACAUGUAGAAAUUCUGCAAUUUUCGGAUUCAUUUUUGAUGCAAAAUCAGUCAACACCUAGGCUUUUGCUUGAGAACAAUGGGACAAACUUGAAGCAACAUUGCAAAGCAGAGUUCUCACAUGACACUGGCUUGAGUACCGAUCUCUCAUCGGCACUGUCCAACCAUGAAAUGGAUCAGAGGUUUUAUGAAGAUGAACAUUAUCCAAUUACUUCAGCUGGACCAGUGGACCUUGACUGUCUCUGGGAUUUUUGAAUUUGAAGAUAGAGAGUAGCUAGUGAAGAAGCUUAAGAAUGUAGUGAAGAAACCAAGUGUUUAGAACAUGAUCUUCUGGAAAUUGUCAUUGAUAACUCAUAACUGCUGUUUGUGCAUAGAUUUUCUGAACAGAAAAACACGCAGAAGAGGAAAUGGCUUGUAUAAUUUGAAUCAGUU